GUACGCAUUGAUUGAUGUAAACAUGGCGGCCGCAGUGGCUAGAGUUCUGUCCUUCAGUAAAAAUGCUAAGGUGAUUGUUUCUCCACUGAAGCUCUGUGUUGUUCCUGCUCGCAGCUACAGCUUAGAGGUGUCCAGUACCGGCGAGGUCAUCACUCACACCGGACAGGUUUUUGAUGAGAAGGAUCCCAGGAGAGCCAGAUUUGUCGGCAGGCAGAAAGAGGUGAAUAAGAACUUUGCCAUCAAGUUGGUGGCAGAAGAGCCGGUGACUGACGUUGAGGGCAGAGUUGUGUCCUGUGAUGGAGGCGGUGGAGCGCUGGGCCACCCCAAAGUCUACAUCAACCUGGAUAAAGAAACAAAAGUGGGCACAUGUGGCUACUGUGGAUUACAAUUCAGACAGAAGCAUCAUCACUAAAACCUUUCCUGUGUCUUUGCUUCUCUGUGUAAAUUGCCAUAUUGGUUAAUAAAUUAUAUCUUCACUGUC